UUGAGGUUAUUUUCACCGGCUAAAAGAAAUGUCAAAAUCAUAUGUGCAUAACAUAUUUUUUAUUGCACAGGAAAUUUCGUGUAUUGUUAAUAAUAUUGUGUUGUUAUUUAAUUUUAAGUAAACAUGUCUUUCCGGGAGGCAUAUAAAUUAGUCACCAAACAGGCAAUUCGCUGGUUUCCUGGACACAUGGGCAAAGGAUUAAAGCAGAUGCAACAAAAAUUAAGGUCCGUGGAUUGUAUAGUAGAAGUACAUGACGCCCGUAUUCCCUUUUCAGGGCGAAAUCCGGAAUUCCAACACACUAUAUCUGGUGGAGCGAAACCACAUAUACUUGUUUUAAAUAAAAAGGAUCUCACUGACAUACGUGAACAACGGAAGAUAGUUAAAGAGCUACAAGAACGUGAAGGCAUUGAACAUGUUAUAUUUACUAAUAGCAAAAAUCAGCAAUGCACCGGCAUCAAACGUAUGUUACCCUUAGCGCAUACAUUGAUAUCUAACUCGGAUCGAUAUAAUAGAGCUGGAUUAAAGGAGGCGAGUAUCAUGAUAAUAGGUGUACCAAAUGUUGGCAAAAGUUCGCUCUUAAAUGUGUUACGGAAUAAAAAUUUACGCAAGAAAAGUGCAACACAAGUUGGCAAUAAAGCUGGUGUUACACGUUCUGUUAUGGAACGCAUUAAAAUUAGUGAAGAUCCUUUAAUAUAUAUGAUUGAUACACCCGGAAUUCUCGAGCCACGCAUAACGGAUGAUGAAAUGGGUAUGAAACUAGCUUUAGUGGGGUGCUUGCCAGAUCAUUUAGUUGGUGAAGAACUGAUAGCAGAUUACCUGUUAUAUUGGAUGAACAAAAACCACCGGUACGAAUAUGUUAAAGAAGUGGGAUUAGAAAACCCUACAGACCACAUUACAGAAGUUUUAGUGUCGUAUGCCAAAGGUCUAGGUGCAGAAAGAAAAUAUAAAAACCUCGAUGGACAAAUAGUAAAUAUUCCGGACAUUAUGGUAGCAGCACGUAGAUUUAUUAAAAUUUUUCGAAGUGGUGCCUUCGGAGGGGUUAAUUUAGACAGAUGA